AUGGGCAGGCCGUUGACAUCGAGAGCAAGGAUUGAAGAGAUCGCCGUCACUUUCUACACGAAUCUCUACCGAUCAACGAUGCCGGUCACGCAUACCUACACCUACGCAGGACGCGGCCUCACAGAUAGAAGAAUGGGAGGUGCAACACGCCUUGCAUCAAAUAAAGCCGGGAAGACACCAGGACCUGACCGCAUCUCAGCAGACUUUCAGAAGUGGGCGUCCCGCACCGUCAUAAAAUAG